CUGUUGCCUUCUGACUCAGAAUAUGAAUCUCUGAAACAUUCUCUCAGGAGCAUUCUCAAAGACGCUUGUAGACAAUGGCUGUGUCUAAUACAAUCUAUGAAAAUGUUGACAUUGACUAUGAAGAAAAUGAGUCGGCAGAUCUUUAUUCCAAAAGGAGCAUUUUUGAAUCUCAAAACUCCGGAAACAAGACAAAGGACCUCACCCCAAAGAGAGUACCACUGCCUAAGUACCCAGGUUCUGAGAGCACAAAGUGGAAACCCACCGAGGCUGGUGUCGUGUGUCUGGGACUGUUGUCUAUCGUCCUUCUGGCUGGAAUCAUAGGCCUGUUAGUCUGCUACAUCAGAGUGACCCACAGUUUGAAGGAGAAUGAAACCAACUCCAAGGCAAAUUUAAAGCUCAUGGAUCAGGGUUGGCGGUAUUACAAGUCCAGUUUGUACUUCAUCUCCACUGAAAAGAAAUCCUGGGAGGACAGCAAAAAGGACUGUGAGGGGAGAAACGCAGACCUGCUGAUCAUAAACAGCUGGGAGGAACAGGUCUUCAUCCACGGAUUGAACAAAGAGAUAUUCUGGAUCGGUCUGAAUGACAAAGUUCAAGAUGGAAAGUGGAUGUGGGUGGACGGUACAGAACUGACCACUGGGUUCUGGGGGAGCGGGCAGCCUAAGAGUGAUGGAGGCAAUGAUGAGGACUGUGCCGCACGAUGGCUCAAUGGUUCUGUCGCAGAGAGUUGGCAUGAUGCACCAUGCAACCAACUGCACUUCUGGAUUUGUGAGAAAGGGGUUCAGCUGUGA